AUGUCAACUCUCAAAUUUUUGAAAUUGAAUUCCACAAAUUUUCCUUACGCACAUUUAGCAGACAAACGCACGCAACAGUGGCUGCUAGUGGCGUCAUUUAGCGACAUGGUUUCGCUUGUGGCAUUAUACCUGUUGUUAGUGCUCUAUCUACCGAAAUGGAUGCAACGACGCAAACCCUUCCAACUGAAGCCGCUGUUAUUACUCUACAAUUUGUGUAUGGUUUUGCUGAAUGCUCAUAUUUGCAAGGAGCUUAUCUUCAAUGUUAUACGCCUGAAAUAUAACCUCUGGUGUCAGCCGUGUAGGGAGCUAUACUCGAAGGAGGAGCUGAAGAUUGCUGCUGCUGUUUGGUGGUUUUAUUUUUCCAAGCUGCUAGAAUUCGCCGAUACGAUUUUCUUUAUUUUACGUAAAAAGCAUGAGCAAAUAACAUUUCUUCAUGUCUAUCACCAUUGCACAAUGUUUCCGCUGUGGUGGAUUGCUAUAAAGUGGGUGCCCACCGGAUCAACAAUAGUGCCAUCGACGAUAAAUUCAUUCAUACAUGUCAUUAUGUACAGCUAUUAUGGCCUAAGUGCAUUUGGACCCAGCGUUCAAAAAUUUAUCUGGUGGAAAAAAUAUCUAACGAUAUUGCAAUUGGUGCAGUUUGUUUUCGGUGCCUUUUGGUCAGCUCAAGCCAUUCUCAGAGGAUGUGAUUUUCCUACUUGGAUAAAUUUUGUGACCAUCGGCUACAUGGCUUCCUUGCUUUUACUAUUCGGACAAUUUUAUGUGAAAGCAUAUCAAACGAAGAAAAAUAAACAUUAUUAA